AUGUCUCACGAGGAAGAUCUCAUCGAUUACUCGGAUGAGGAGCUUCAGGCAACUGAUGCUGCCGCUGGCACUGCUGCCGCUGGCGCUAACGGCGCUGCUCCUAAAAAAGAAGGCGACUUGACAGUCUCUGGCGCGCGUGCGGAUAAAAAAGGCAGCUAUGUUGGUAUUCACUCGACUGGUUUCCGCGAUUUCCUCUUGAAGGGGGAACUUUUGCGUGCGAUCACCGAUUGCGGUUUCGAGCAUCCAUCGGAGGUCAGCGCACUCGGGACUGCUACUCGUCGCAAGCGGGGCUAUUCAAUCAACGGUUGGCAAUAUUCUGCCGCGUGGCAUAACUAUCUGUCAAUCUUGGUCAUUUUCGUCCAGCAAGUUUGCAUCCCGACUGCCAUUCUGAAUGUCGAUGUCCUCUGCCAGGCCAAAUCCGGUCUUGGAAAAACCGCUGUCUUUGUCCUGACGACUCUCCACCAGCUGGAGCCAGUUCCUGGCGAAUGCUCGAUACUUGUUAUGUGCCACACCAGAGAGCUGGCAUAUCAGAUCAAGAACGAAUAUGCCCGAUUUAGCAAAUAUCUUCCAGAUGUUAAGACUGCCGUUUUCUACGGUGGAACUCCAAUGCAAAAAGAUAUCGAGCUGCUGUCGUCGAAAGACACAUAUCCCAGCAUCGUUGUUGGCACUCCUGGUCGAUUGAAUGCUCUCGUUCGCGAUAAGAAACUGUCUCUCCGAAACAUCAAAGCGUUUGUUCUCGACGAGUGUGAUAAGAUGUUGGAUCAGAUCGAUAUGCGACGUGACGUCCAGGAGAUCUUCCGUGCGACUCCCGCUGACAAACAAGUCAUGAUGUUCAGCGCGACUCUCUCCCAGGAAGUCCGGCCGAUCUGCAAGAAGUUCAUGCGCAAUCCCUUGGAAGUGUAUGUUGAUGACGACACGAAGCUGACUCUUCACGGCCUCCUCCAAUACUACAUUAAACUUGGCGAAUCGGAGAAAAAUCGAAAGUUGAAUGAGCUAUUAGACAGCCUAGAAUUUAACCAAGUUAUCAUCUUCGUUAAGAGCACUCAGCGUGCUAGCGAGUUAGACAAGCUCCUCCGUGAAUGCAACUUCCCUAGUAUCGCAGUCCACUCCGGAGUUUCGCAGGAAGAGCGUAUCAAACGAUACAAGGAAUUCAAGGAAUUCAACAAGCGAAUUUGCGUAGCAACCGACGUUUUCGGCCGUGGUAUUGAUAUUGAACGAAUCAACCUAGCCAUCAACUAUGACUUGCCUGCGGACGCUGAUUCCUAUCUUCACCGUGUCGGUCGGGCGGGUCGCUUCGGUACCAAGGGUCUCGCGAUCUCUUUCGUUAGCAGCGAGCAAGACCAAGAGGUUCUCAAGGACAUCGAGAAGCGGUUCGAAGUUGCUCUUCCUGAAUACCCCCAGGGAGGUGUCGACUCCAGCGCUUACAUGGCAUAAGGCAUGUCGUUUUUAACUUGGGGGUUGAGGAAGACCUAUAUUUCACCGCCAUAUAUCACGGUGUACGGAUAUACAAGGCGUCGUUCCCCCCAAUCCACGACCGUCUUAGCUUGAAAAGAGUUUUGUUUCCUUAUACAAUUUGGCGUGUGUCGUUUAACGGGCUGUUGCUUCAAAUUAUUGGUGAUUGUCGGUUGUUUUAGUGUUUCGCCGUUCCCCCCUCUUCUUUCUUUCUUUACCGCUCUCGUUUGAUUAAAAUCUGUGGUUGUACUCUUACUAUGGUUUGCUUAUUUUUCCCCUAGAAUUAUUUCACAACCUCUCUAAUGCCAACAAAAUCUACAAAGCUCUCAAACGCCACUACUCCCAUGCCCUGAUCAAUAGUUAAGGCAGACGAAAACACAACGGGCUUUCCCGAGAUGGCAAGACUGAGAGUGGGAGAAUAUGUGAUAGGUGUUGCUAUGCGUGAUGCUUUUUCUCUCUUUCAUUCAUUCAUUCUUUUUUAUUCUUUACUUGUCAUCUGGGAAAGUAAAAAGAAUCUUCAGCGUGUGUUAACUUUUGUUUUAGUUCGGUAUCAAAGGUCAGAAUGGUGGAGAAUAUUCGGAAGGCAGGAAAAUGGAGUGUUGGAUUUAAAAGAGGCAAGGGUAAAGAAGAAAAGGGGAAAAUUUUUUACAUUACUCUUUUAGUUAGUU